AUGGCGCAAACAGGCGGCAAAGAGAACAUUGCCGACGGGCUCACUGCAAAAGGCUCGUUCAGGGCACCUUCACAAUCUCCAAACAAGUCAGCCCUGUCGCCCAAGAAGUCAUCUCGCAAGACGCGUAGCAAGAGUAUUGGCCCUGGUGGUCUCGAAGAGUUGGAAGCACCUCCGCUGAAAGAAACUGCUGGGAACAGAAGAAAGUCUGCUUUUAUCCCCGCGGUCAAGUCUAUUCUGGCCUCGAAUGAUGAGGACGAGAAGAAGCGGCGCGAAGCCCGCCGCAAGUCGUUGGCAAGGCGACGCGUCUCAUUUGCUCCAGAGGCUACUUUGCAUACGUGGGAUGUAGUCGAGUACAUGCGCGAUGCGACCACUUCCUCUGCCUCGUCAGAAGCUACCCGGAGAGCCUCGAACGUUUCCCAGGCCUUUACCCCUGCAUCGCCUGCCCCUCCCUCCGACCCCGCCGAGCCGCCUUCCACGCCACCAGAGCAGGCCGAAGAGCCUGAGCCUGAGCCCGGUUCUUCACCCGCAAACCAGCGCUCGCAACACCAGAAGAAGAACCGCAGGAGUUCUGUAAUACCGCCCAUGAACUUCAACAAUCCAGAUGACGUCUACUCGUCCAGUCCUCUGAGCGGUGAUAACGCUUCACCUGAUGGAGAAAACAGUAGCAGCGAUUCCGAGGAUGACGACGAUAUGACAGAGAACCUGGGUGCCUCUCCAGACACCGAAGACUCUUCCGAGAGCAGUGCUCGCUUGGACGCUGCACUCCGUGAGGCUGCGAACCAAGCAACUACUCAGAAGUUGGACUUGGAUGACGAAGACGGAGAUAUGACUAUGGACAUUGCCCACGACGAGGUUACCACAUCUUUCAAGCCAUGGGCCAAGAAGACUUUUGUUCCCCAAUAUGACAAGGAGAAUGCAAAUCCCCUCUUCUCACCGGCACGGUCUGAGGGUGGGGACGAGGGUAUGAGCAUGGACAUUACGCGUGCAGUUGGUCGCAUUGUUCCCCAGCAAGCACAGCAAGAGCAGGAGCAGGAGCAAACACAGGAUUCGGAUGCCCCAAGCUCGGACAUGGACGAGGACAUGAGCAUGGAGCUUACUAUGCCUCUGGGAAGCAUACGGGCCAUGGCAGCUAAUGCGCCUGCCAACAGGAGGAAAAGUCUUAAGAGGAGAAUCUCAAUGCUUGAAGCAUCCCAAGGAAGCCCUGCCAAGCGUCCCACCAGCCGGCGAGCUAGUCUGCGACAACGUCCACAAUCCGAAGAAAACGUACCAGAGGACGCUACUAUGGAUCUUACGAUGGCAAUCGGGGCGAUUGUGAAAAAGCCACAGCCUGAGCCCAGCAGACGUGCUAGCACUGAGACUACAUUUGAAGAUGCUACCAUGGACUUUACUCUGGCCAUGGGGAACAUUAAGAAUGGACACACAGCUGAGCAAGACGAGGAAGAAGAGAUGGAAGAUGAGGACCUCUCUAUGGAGUUCACCAAGAUUGUCGGACCCGGCAUAAAGCGCGCCAUUCCAUCAUCGGCAACACCAGAGAAACCCGUCGAUACCGCACCCGCUCCAGCUGGCAAGACGCCGACUCCACAAAAGUCGUCGCCCAAAAAGUCACCAGGACGCAAAGAGAGCUCAGAUCCCACAACCGAGUCGGAGGCCGUUCCUGAAGUCUUGAAAGACAUCACCCCAAAGGCGUCAGGCGAGGUCGUUUACCCGAAUCUUGAUCCAGGUACACCCGAGAUUGUCAGGCAAAAGGACAUCGAAGAGAUUGAGCCUUCUCCUUUUGUGCGCCGCACCCCACUGAGCGCUUCGAAAGAGAACAGCGCUUUAGCAACACCCAGCAGCCAAAAGAAAUCCAGCACACCCAGUAGCCAGAAGAAGUCGAGUACACCCAAGGCGAUUCCGGACGACCCGCUUGCAGCCCCUAUCCUAAACAGACGGCGUUCGUCAUUGUCUGCCGUCCAAUUCAGCCCGCUAGGUACACCGCAGCAGAAACCUGUUUUGAAGAGCACCUCACUACUGAGCAACAACAUCAAGUUACUAUCUACUCCACGAAAGCAGAUGCUGAUGUCCCCGAUGAAGCGAGGCAUAACGCCAAAGAAAUCACAGACGCCUCAAAAGCAACCAACACCUAAGCAGAAAACUCCGACGCCGAAAAAGGUUACCCCUCGGAAGAGCGUGAGCCCUAAGAAGCGUGUUGUCUUUGGUGAGCAAGCAGAAGAGGAGCCCCCAGUAGACGAUGUCGUUGCAGAGAAUGUCCCCGAGGUUGAACGCAUCUCGCUUCAAGACUUCCUGGACAUGACCAAGAUCCGCUUCAUGGACCUCAGCACGACCAAAAGACGCCAUACUGCUGCUCCUGCCGCUUUCCGUGAUGUUGAAGUAGAGGAAAAGGAAGAGUCGUUGGACAGCUUUGUGGUUGCAGGUGCGUGCACACUGCCCGAGUACGAACUAUAUCAACAUGCAUGCCAUGAGAUGAAGAAGUACAUCUCUGAUGGUCGCCACUUUGUCCGUACCAUGGAGGCCAAUGUUCUGGAAGAGAAUCCGCUACUCUUUAGUGAAUAUCUCACUGCUCCCCCAGACCAGCGUGCUGUCAUGGACAACCAGUUCAAGAACCUAAAGACGAAUGCCCGUCUCGAGGCCCGAGGAGAGUGGUACACUUGGAGAAGCACUCUCCUGAAAGAUCUCAAGGCUGGCCUUCUUCACACAAUGGACGGCUUUAAACGCGAUGAGUCUACUCUCGUUAACCAAGAACAACUUCUUGAUGUUGUACUGCCGCCUUUGGUAGAGAAAAAGGAGCUUUUGUCUACCGAAUGCAAGCAGCUACAGCAGCGGCACGACGAGCUGAACAGUUGCGAUCGGGGAGAGCUCGAGAGUACAAGGGAGCAGCUCACAGCUACGAAUGCUGAACUGGAGGAGAAGAAGCAGUUAUUGGCUCAGCUGCAGAAGGAACUCGCCGACAAAGAAGCACGCAUUGAGGCGGCGAAGAACCGCAAGGUUGAAUGCAUGGAAGAGAUCAAAGCUGCAGAACGCGUACGAGAAGAGUGCCGUGGCUGGUCUACAAGCGAAGUCAGCAAUCUGAAAGCCCAAGUCACUGCCCUUGAACAAGCUCACGGCUGGAGCAUUACUUCCGCUUCCUCGACAAGUAUCACCAUGACCCAUUUGAAUGACCUCGAACUGUACUUUUCGCCCUCCGCCUUUGCUACAGGCUCCAACACGCCAAAUGGAUCUAUCUCGCUCGCUUACAUUGGCGACUCGGCAACUCCUCAUCCUCGUCCCUUGACCACAAGCAAGCGCUUUUUCCUCCAGCUCAUCCGUGCUCAUCUUCAUGGCAUUCCACAAUCGCAGACGCGCAUCUCGUCUCUCCUUCUCUUUAUCAAGAACAGCUGGGCUACUGCGCUUGCAGUUGCCGAAGGUGUUUCUUGGCUGGAGCAGAGCUACAUCACAGAGGAGUGCAUACUUGCGGAUGAACGCAUGGCAAUCACUGCCAACAUGCUGCUUCCCACCCUUCAAACCAAGGUCAAGGCUACUUUUGAACUUGGCGUUAACCCAGGCAAGGAGGGUAUGGAGACUGAAGUUGGCGCAACAGCAGAGGUUGUCUAUGGUGAAAAGUAUGGCGAAGAGAAGAUGGGCGCAUUCUUGAGAGACUUUUGUGGGAGUGAAGUCAAGGACACAGAGGAGAUGUCGGUAUGGGCAGAUGCUUUGCUGGAUCUCUCUGCCAGGCUUAAGAAGACUGGAAGGAAGGGUGAGAGAAAGUAACCUUGCGGCGCCUCCGUUGGGAGGAACGAUGUCAACAUUUUUACGACUCAGCAUCAUGAGAUAUGACGGCGUUUUGGGUCGGGAAAUUUGCGGUUUUGAAGAUACCAAUUUU